AUGUUCAAAGCUGCGCUUGAACGCCUUGAUGACGAACAAAAAAACGGAACAAUUGACAAACGACUUGCUCUUUCUGCUCCCAAUCCGGAUAUUGUUCACGCUAGAAAAAACAUUCACCGUUCACAUUCCAACUGGUUUCUAUUUGUUAACAAUGCCCGUUUCAGCACCGCAGUGUUGCGAACUGCAAGAGUUGAUUCAUCUCAAUCCAAGGAAUUGUCGGCUGUCAUCACAGACAUGGCGUUGAGAGGCAGAGACCGGAUGGAAACCACCUAUGUGGCAGAGUGUAACUCCAAAACAGUAGUAGAUAUAAUUCAGCGCAUGAAGUACCUAGUUCAUACUUUAGCGCCAGAAAUGUUCUGGAAAGAAUACGGCGCCAACAAAAAAGGUUGUUUGGAACACACCAUUUCUGUUUGCCUUGGCAGUUUCGGUUCACUUUACUUGGUCGACUUUACUGCUGGUAGCGUAGUGAAGGCCAGACUUCACAAUCCAGUUGAUAUUCAAGUUCUGUCUCGCAGCAUGGAAAGUCCUACGAGUGUCCUCUAUAAGAAGGGUGUGGUUUUCGUUGUGGAAGAAAACGCCAUUUUGUACUUGGACGUUGGCAAUGUG